CGCUAGACCUCACACUCAAUACACUGUCCCAACAGCCUCUUCCCAGCUUACGAUCCCUGAGUCAAGGCGCCUCGCAGUCUCUGCUGCGCAAAUUGGUCCUGUCCGACACAAGACUGAGCAUAGACGCCUUCUGCGAGCUGGUAGACAAUCUCGAUGCACCCUGUCUGCACGAGCUCCGGCUAAGCCUCACGCUCCCUCCGCGGGGCAUGAUCAGUAGAGAAGACUCGCAGAGAGCGGCUCUGAGCAUAGCCCGGUUACUCAGGGUCAAGAGAAGGCAAGAACGGCGGAGAGCCAGCGCAACCAUCGACGAGGAAGAAGAUGAUGAUUGUCGCAGCCGCCGUCGGUGGGCCAGCAUCAACGCCCAAUCGGAUCUUGACGCACGUGGAGCUCUUUGCUACCUGCGAGUCGGACGAGCGAGACGAAGACGAGGUGCAAGAGGACAAUGCAGAUAGGAGAGGAAAGUCCGGCUCGAACGGCCGGACUCGCAGGACAUUAAGCAUUGCCAGAGGCUACCGAGCUGCGAGGGAAGCAGCCGCCGAGGGAGCCACAGGGCCCACUGUAUCCUUUGUGGCUGGUGACCUAUUGAGUCCACGCAGUGCAAUGAAAGCACAAGCCGAUCUCUCAGAGGACCAUCGGGGCAGCUCCUCCCAAACAGAGUACGAGCCAGACGACCGUCGUUCCUACGCACACAUCACUGCCGAGAACUGGCGACGAAAGUUGGGCGCCCACCUCUGGAAGAACACGGGGCAGCGCUCCUCUGUGAUCCAUGCAGCACAGCAAAUCAUCGGUAGAGCGCGCAUUCUCGGCUGCAAGUCGACCUCGAUCGGCCCUUCUGCACAAUCCUCUGAUACCGGUAGUACUGCUUCGCCUCUGGCUCUUGAACGCCUGCCCCCUGAGUUGCGCUUAGCGAUUCUUCGCCAGCUGGACGCCGAUCGGGUGCUAUCCGAGGAGCAAUUCCGACUCAUCGUCUCUUGGGCGUGCGACAGUAGCACUAUUGGCUACGGCGGGGAAGGUGUACCUCUCCCAUGGGCUCAACACGCAGACGCAGGCGGUAGCAGCUCCAGCCAAUGGGCAACGUCUACGAAUCGCGCCGUGGGUCUGUUGCCAGCCGCGCCCUGGGACUGGCAGGACAUGCUCUCCCGCUCCCUUCCACGGGACUGGGUUGCCGAGUCUUGGGACCUAUGGAAUGAGCACAAGGACACGAUUCCCAUCAUUGGCGGUGGUGGGGGUCCCGAUGGGGAAGGGGGAGCUACGGAGCCAGUCACGCGUGGCGGGGGAAGAUCGGGGGGAUCGAUCGCUACGGGCUCGCUGGAUCGGAGGGCGCCGGAUCCUGCUCUGCUGGCCUUUUUGGAGGCGACGGGCACGAGGGCGCGGCAGGACUAGCGAAAGCCUGGUGCGGCAGGCAGGGAUCACGAAGAUGAGGUUGCAAAAUUAGGGGGCGGAUGGGUCAUACAUGAUAUCUACAC